CAGGGGCUCGGUCUCUAGUGGUCGGAGUAGCUUCAGGUCGCGGAGCUUCCCUACUUUCCCCGCCCUUACUGUUAGCUACCACUUCAGCUUCAGUCUCGGGUUCUACAGCUGCGCCUUGCGUUGCUACAGCAGCAGCAGCAGCAGGAGGAGGGGACGGAGGCGGCUGCAGCAGUUGCAGCCGUAACACCUGCAGCUCGAACCGCAGCGCCCACCCUAGCGCUCCAUGGCAUCUCGAUCCCCGACCCCGCAUUCCCUGCUAGCCUCCCCAGCCUUCCGCGGUGUGCGGGCUGUGCUGAAGACCCGCUACCGCGAUGUGCUGGGUCUGGCCGAGUUCGUGAAGCGCCUCGAGGACGAGGUUCGGAGUGCGCGGGGUCCCGGGGACGGCCCAGACGGGCGGCUCCAACGCAGUGAGGACCCCGAGGUCUUCCAUAUUUUUGUGUCCCGAUGUGUGGUGUGUGUGCCUUGGGAUGCCCGGCCCCUCCCCAGGCCUUUCACCUUUCAGCAGUUGUCUUCCCAGAAGGAGGUGGUUGCUAGAAUUGUCCAGAGGAUUUGUGAAAAGAAAAAAAAGAAUAUUCUGGCUUUUGGUUAUACCUUAUUAGAGGAAAACAGAAUGCCAUUGCCAGUUAUGUUUACGACAAAUGUCUACAACUUCCAUCCUAACACGAUAACAGAAACGAUUAGUGUUAGUGCUUUGUGGGAGUUGCUUCUGAGCAGAAUAGGAGAUGAUGUGAUGAUGUAUAUGUUAGAGCACUGCUCCAUUUUCAUGAUGGUACCCCCAAGCUGCUCUUAUCAGAUCUCUGGGCUACCUAUUUAUGAACUGUGUUUAAAAGAUUCUGACUUACCAUCUGGGUUCACACGGAGAAAACAUCCAAAGCAGAAACCAGAUGCUCCACAUGAUAAUGUCAAAAAGAUUACCUUCCACAAAAAAUCCUUGGUCAAAUUAGAUUUGAGGAAAGAGAUGCUCAGAUCCAAAGACAAGGCCUUAAAAGUUUCACGUCAAAAUCAGAAGAAUGCAGAGGAUCUGGUAGACAAACCUCUUCAAGAUGGCCCUGAAGAUUCUUGUGGGAUUGAUCAGGGAUCUAAUGGUGACCAAGUAGAAAAACAAGACAGAACCCAUUCAGUACAUUCCAUGACGGCUGUAUUAUCAAAAAGGCAAAGGGAAGAUGAAGAGGAAAGUGAAAUCUCAGCAAAGCGGUUAAAGAAAGAGGAGUGCCUUCAUGAAAAGAGAAAAGAGCUGGUCUUGGGACAGGGUUGUGAUUUUCAUGAGAAUGAGUCUAAUUCUAAUAAUGCUGAGAACGUGACCCAAAGAUCAAUAGAAAUCUCUUCAAGGCGUUUCUCCAGUAAGAAAUCUGCUCUUAAAGGAGAUGCUGGUGAGGCAGAAUGUUUCACAGAGACCAAGGGUAGCCUUCCUGUUUUGGAACAUAAUGAUGAGGACUUAGCAUGCUGUAAUUCUUCAAUUAUCAAAUCUACUCCUGAAGACAAAAUAGAAGCCAGAUCUUCAGAAGAAGGUUUGGUUGGAGGGCCCAAACCAACUGAUGCCAUUUUCUCACAUGUUCUGUGUCCUGGGAAAGAACCACCAAAGAGACUGAGAAGUGCUUCUGGUUCCAUUAUAUACAUUAACAGGAAACGUUUCUUGUAUUCUGGCCGUAACUUCCGAGAAUGUUUGCCUGCAUCAUUUAUGCUGAAUCGUUUACACGAUUCACUAUCUGGGGGUCAAAGGCUGGUAGAAACCAUCUUCUUAAACAGCCAUCUCUUUGAGCUGAAAGGUGACCCACAUCAGCAGAAGACCCCCUGGAAAAAUAGACGACUCCCUAAACGUUAUUGGCAGAUGCGGCACCUGUUUAAGGAAUUGAUACAGAACCACCGAAAGUGUCCUUAUUUCAUGCUUCUAAAAAAGAACUGUCCCCUGAGAUUUUCAGCUGCCAAGACAGAUCCUGCUAGCCAGCUGAAGAAGCCACAGGCCAUUGCUUCCAGUCAGUUAACCAAAUCUGAGGAAAUACAGCAUCAGAUCCAAGAUGGAGGCCAGCAGCAGGAACAGCUAUCUGAAGUUCCCUCGAGCUGUGGAAGUAACAUCAUGAAGGAGCCUAGUUGCUCACUUACAGAGCAGAUGCCUGAUAAAGAGUUGGUCCUUUCCAGUAAAAUAUCUAAAAAAACACCAUCAGGAUCAGACACAGUUAGGAAGGCAGUGUUUCCAGGCAAGGGUGGUAGUGAUGUCUUACAGCUGCUCAGUUGGCACAGCAGCCCUUGGCAAGUGUAUGUGUUUCUGAGGGAGUGUCUUCACCGUUUGGUGCCCGCUGAACUCUGGGGAUCAACUCACAACAAGUGCCGCUUCUUUAAGAAUGUGAAGAAAUUCCUCACUCUGGGAAAACAUGACAAGUUUUCUCUUCGGGAGCUGAUGUGGAAGAUGCGAGUGAAGGACUGUGCUUGGCUUGCCCUGGCCAAAGGGAAUCAUUUUGUUCCAGCCUCAGAACACCAUUUACGUGAAGAGAUCUUGGCCAAAUUUGUAUACUGGUUGAUGGACACGUAUGUAGUUGAGUUGCUCAGGUCCUUUUUUUACAUAACUGAGACAAUGUUCCAGAAGAAUAGACUCUUUUUCUACCGGAAGUGUAUUUGGAGCAAGUUGCAAAAUGUUGGCAUCAGAAAACAUUUUGAUAAAGUGCAUCUUAGAACAUUAUCAGAAGAGGAGAUAAAGAAAAAUUUGGAAGCAAGAUUUAUCUGCCUGGCAUCUAGACUUAGAUUCAUCCCCAAACCCAAUGGACUUCGACCAAUUGUGAAUGUAGACAGCAUCAUUGGAGCCAAAGUAUCCAAUAAAGGAACCAAAGAUAAAAAAAUAAGGUGUUUUAAUGGCCAGCUUAAAAACCUGUUCAGUGUUCUGAAUUAUGAGCGGACUCUUCACCCUGAAGUCUUGGGGUCUUCUUUGUUUGGGAUUGAUGGCAUUUAUCAAGCUUGGCGGCAGUUUGUUCUCCGAGUGAAGCAAUCUAAGGACAAAGUUCCCAACUUUUACUUUGUAAAGGCUGAUGUGACAGGCGCUUAUGAUACUAUCCCCCAUGACAAGCUUGUGGAAGUGAUCUCCAGUAUUAUUAAGCCUGAGGAGAAGAAAAUCUACUGUAUCAGACGUUAUGCUGUAGUCCAGAAGAAUGCCCAUGGAAACAUCCAGAAAUCCUUUAAAAGACAUGUUUCCACUUACAAGGAUGCCUUGCCUUAUAUGAAUCAGUUUGUGUCACAUUUGCAAGAAACCUCUUCCCUGCAGAAUGCCAUCGUGGUUGAACAGAGCUGUUCCUUAAAUGAGACCAGUAUCAACCUCUUCACUUUCUUUCUGCAUUUGAUCCAUAACAGCAUCCUGAAGAUCAAGAACAAGUACUAUGUCCAGUGCCAGGGAAUUCCACAAGGCUCUAUUUUGUCUACUUUGCUGUGUAGUUUAUGCUAUGGAAACAUGGAGAACAAAUUAUUCCCUGGAAUUCAGCAGGAUGGAUUGUUGAUCCGACUAAUUGAUGACUUCCUGCUUGUAACACCUCAUUUAACACAAGCCAAAACCUUCUUAAGGACUCUGGCAAAAGGUAUUCCUGAGUAUGGCUGUUUAAUUAAUCCUAAGAAGACAGUGGUGAAUUUUCCUGUGGAAGAGGAUAUUCUAAGUGAAUCUGACUUUACCCAGUUACCAGCCCACUGCCUAUUUCCAUGGUGUGGUUUACUACUCGAUACAAGGACCCUAAACGUGUUUUGUGACUAUUCCAACUAUUCCCGUACUUCCAUUAGAACCAGCCUUUCCUUUGACCACAGUGUCAAAGCAGGGAGGAAUAUGCGGAACAAGUUGGUUGCAGUGCUUAGGAUGAAGUGUCAUGGUUUAUUUCUGGAUUUACAGGUGAAUUGUCUUCAAACUGUCUACAUAAACAUUUACAAGAUAUUUUUGCUACAGGCCUACAGGUUUCAUGCAUGUGUUCUUAAGCUACCAUUUAAUCAGCAAGUCAGAAAGAAUCCUGGUUUUUUUCUCUCAGUUAUUUCAGACAUUGCAUCCUGUUGCUAUUCCAUUCUGAAAGCCAAGAAUCAAGAAGUUACACUGGGUGCCAGAGGAGCCUCAGGUCCUUUUCCUUUUGAAGCAGCAAGAUGGCUGUGCUAUCAUGCUUUCUUGAAUAAGCUGGUGAAUCACAAGAUAGUCUACAAGUGUCUUCUGGGAACUCUCAAAACAAGCAAACUGCAAUUAUUCCGGAAGAUCCCAAAGUCUACAAUGCAGAUGCUAAAGGCAGCAUCAGAUCCAUCACUCUCUCAAGACUUCAAAAUGAUAUUAGAUUAGUUGUUUGAGUCAUUCAUUUCUCCAGUGUUGAAUUGAGAUGAAUAACAGAUGUUACAUUAAAGUGUCCCUUUUUCCUGCCUCAGACUCUAA